AUGAUGCGCCAACAGCUCUUGCGCAGUCUGCCGCGCUCGCAGAGGCUGGCUUCCCUCAAUGCCGCCCGCGCCUUCUCCUCGUCCGCCCCUCGUCCUGCUGAGGUCGAGCUCACAAUCGAUGGCAAGAAGGUCUCAAUAGAGGCCGGCUCCGCCCUCAUCCAGGCCUGCGAAAAGGCUGGCUCCACCGUCCCCCGCUACUGCUACCACGAGAAGCUCAUGAUCGCCGGUAACUGUCGUAUGUGUCUCGUCGAGGUCGAGCGCGCCCCCAAGCCCGUUGCCUCUUGCGCAUGGCCCGUCCAGCCCGGCAUGGUCGUCAAGACCGACUCUCCCCUCGUCCACAAGGCCCGUGAGGGUGUCAUGGAGUUCCUGCUGGCCAACCACCCUCUCGACUGCCCCAUUUGCGACCAAGGUGGCGAGUGUGAUCUCCAGGACCAGAGCAUGAGAUACGGCGCCGACCGUGGUCGUUUCCACGAGCUUGGUGGCAAGCGUGCCGUUGAGGACAAGAACAUCGGUCCUCUUGUCAAGACUUCCAUGAACCGCUGCAUUCACUGCACUCGUUGCAUUCGUUUCGCCAACGACGUCGCUGGUGCCCCCGAACUUGGUUCCACUGGCCGUGGCAACGACAUGCAGAUCGGUACCUACCUCGAGACUGCCCUUGACACUGAAAUGUCCGGAAACGUUAUCGACCUCUGCCCCGUCGGUGCCCUCACUUCCAAGCCCUACGCCUUCCGCGCUCGUCCCUGGGAGCUCAAGCACACCGAGACUGUUGAUGUCAUGGAUGGUCUUGGUUCUAACAUCCGCGUGGACAGCAGAGGUCUCCAGGUCAUGCGUGUUCUCCCCCGUCUCAACGACGAUGUCAACGAGGAGUGGAUUGACGACAGAUCCCGUUUCUCAUGCGAUGGUCUCAGCACACAGCGUCUUACCACUCCCCUCAUCCGUGAGGGUUCCACCUUCAAGCCCGCCACUUGGGAGAAUGUUCUGGUCGAGGUUUCUGAGAAGUUCAAGCAGCUCCAGCCCAAGGGUGACGAGUUCAAGGUCAUUGCCGGUCACACUAUGGACACUGAGUCGCUCGUCGCCGCAAAGGACCUUGCCAACCGUCUCGGAUCUGAGAACUUGGCCCUCGACCAGCCUCAGGGUGACUCUCCUCUGGCCCACGGUAUUGAUGUUCGCGCCAACUUCACUUUCAACUCCAAGAUCGUUGGUGUUGAGGAAGCUGAUGCCAUCCUUCUUGUUGGAACUAACCCCCGCCACGAGGCUGCUGUCCUGAACGCCCGUAUCCGUAAGCAAUGGAUCCGCUCUGACCUCGAGGUCGGUCUUGUUGGUGAGGACUUCGAGUCUACCUUCGAGUACGAGAACCUCGGUACCGAUGCCAACGCCCUCAAGUCUGCUCUUUCUGGACCUUUCGCCGACAAGCUGAAGAACGCUGAGCGCCCCAUGAUCAUUGUUGGUAGCGCCGUUGCUGAGCACCCUGACGCCAAGGCCAUCUUCGAGACUGUCGGUAAGUUCAUCGACGAGAACAAGGCCAACUUCGCCACCAAGGAAUGGAACGGAUACAACGUUCUCCAGCGUGCUGCUGCCCGUACUGGUGCCUACGAGAUUGGUUGGGGUGUCAGCAACCCUGAGACUGCCCAAGUCACCCCCAAGAUUGUCUGGCUUCUUGGUGCCGAUGAGAUCGAGGCCGCCGACAUUCCCAAGGACGCUUUUGUUAUCUACCAGGGCUCUCACGGUGACAAGGGUGCUCAACUCGCCGAUGUCAUCCUGCCCGGUGCCACCUACACCGAGAAGAGCGGAACCUACGUCAACACUGAAGGCCGUACACAGAUGGCUCGUGCCGCCACUGGUGUCUACGGUGCCGCUCGUGAGGACUGGAAGAUUCUCCGUGCCGUCUCCGAGGCCCUUAACGUUACUCUUCCCUACGACGACAUUGAGAUGCUCCGCGACCGCAUGAACGAGAUCUCGCCUGCCCUCUCCGCAUACGAUGUCGCUGAGCCCACUUCGCAAGAGGUUGCUGCUCUUUCCAAGGUCCAGCUUGUUGAGGCCAACCACGGUGCCAAGAUCACCGGCACCGCCCUCAAGAAGCCCAUUGCCGACUUCUUCUUCACCAACGCCAUCUCAAGAUCUUCGCCCACCAUGGCCCGCUGCUCAGCAUCAAAGGCUCAAGGCAACGCAAAGACCAACUUCAUGGCUCCCGGUGAGCCCAACCCUCAAGUACACUACGGACCCAACGCUGUCGCCAGCGCAUAA